AUGUCGUCCCGCGCGGGCGACGGCGUCGUGGCGGCCGCGCCAACGCUCGCCUGCCUCGGCGAGCUCGCAGCCGCCUACGCCGACGCCGGAAUGGACGGGAAGGCCGCCGAGAUGUGCCAGCGCGCCAGGGAGCUGUACGGCGCUCUUCCCAGGGCGGCAGACUGCAACCGCCUCCUCAGGCUCCUCGUGCAGCGCCGGCGCUGGGAGGACGCCCGGAAGCUGUACGACGAAAUGCUUGCCGAGGAGGGCGGCGCGGAUGACUACAGCACCUGCGUGAUGUUGCGAGGGAUGUGCUUGGAAGGGCGGGUGGAGGAAGGGAGGAAGCUGAUUGAGGCUAGGUGGGGAGCGAGGUGCAUUCCGCAUCCCGUGUUCUACAAUGUACUGAUCGAUGGGUAUUGCCAGCGCGGGGAAAUUCGGAGGGGAAUGUUGCUGUUGGGUGAUAUGGAGAUGAAGGGAUUCUUGCCGACCGAGGUGACAUAUGGAGUUAUCAUUACCUGGCUCGGGCAGAAAGGUGAUUUGGAGAGGAUUGGGGGUUUGCUUGGCGAGAUGAAGGUGAGAGGAUUGUCCCCCAAUGUGCAGAUUUACAAAACUGUCAUUGAUGCUGUGUGCAAACGCCACUCAGCAUCGCAGGCAAUGGUUGUUCUGAAGCAAAUGUUUGCGAGCGGUUGUGAUCCAGAUGUCGUCACGUUUAAUACUUUGAUAUCAGCUUUUUGCCGAGAAGGUCGUGCUCACGAGGCUGAGAAACUUUUGAGAGAGGCCAUUAGGAGAGAGUUGGAGCCAAAUCAAAAUAGCUACACUCCUUUGAUUCAUGCCUUCUGCAUCAGAGGAGAUGUGACGGUUGCAUCAGAUUUUCUCGUGGAAAUGAUGGAAGGAGGGCAUACUCCUGAUGUCAUCACGUUUGGAGCACUAGUUCAUGGCCUUGUUGUUUCUGGGAAGGUAACUGAGGCCCUGAGUGUCAGGGAUAAGAUGAUGGAGAGACAGGUGAUGCCUGAUGUCAACAUAUAUAAUGUAUUGAUUAGUGGUUUAUGCAAGAAACAAAUGCUUCCCGCAGCUAAGAACCUUCUUGCAGAGAUGCUUGAGCAUAAUGUCCAGCCUGAUAAAUAUGUAUAUACCACGUUGAUUGAUGGUUUCAUCAGGAGUGGGAAUCUUAGUGACGCAAAGAAAAUAUUUGAAUUCAUGGAACAAAAGGGAUUCUGCCCUGAUGUUGUUGGCUACAAUGCUAUGAAACUGGAGAAGAGAUUUGCUGGUUCUUGA